AUGUAUGUGAAAUGGUUUGAUACAGUAAUGUUUUACUAUGUGAUUUUAGUGUAUUUAGUGAAUGUCACUUUUUCACAUUUUUAAAUUUCCCGCCAUUCCGUCCCCGUACGUCCUGACGUCGCAGGGAACAGAACCCGGAAGACAGAUGCUGGCAUCAGCCGGAGGAUUUUGCCGGGGACACUGCAGAAGGGACAUCGCGGGAGCGCAGGACAAGGUAAGGGAAGAAGAGAUCCCGGAGUAGCGCUGCAAGGUAUUCCCGAGUGUAGCUCGGGGUUACCGCUUGUGCUACACUCGGGAAUACCUCCAGGGAGGUUA